AUGGUGUCCAUUAAUCUCAGUGAUCCUGCCGUGCAAUCGUACAUUUUAUAUUCGGGUAUUUUGGGUUUAAAAUUAUUGGCCGUUACAAUAUUAACCGGCAGAGUGCGUUACGCUAAAAAAGUGUUUGCAAAUGAAGAGGACGCGAAGCGCACAAAGGGCAAGGUGAAGUACGAUGACCCCGACGUUGAACGAGUGAGACGCGCUCACUUGAACGAUCUCGAGAACAUUCCAGUGUUUUGGGUGCUUGGGGCACUCUAUCUUACAACAGCACCUGAGGCUGCCUGGGCAACUCUGCUGUUUCGAGUGUACACAGCUGGACGAAUACUUCACACUAUUGUGUACGCAGUAAAACCAUUACCUCAACCGGCGCGAGGCAUCGCCUUUGGUAUUCCUUUCAUAAUUACUGUGUACAUGGGUUUCAAAGUAGUUACACAUUUUAUAACUGCUUUGUAGCAAUAUAUUUGGUAUGUUUCGACUGUGAAAUAAUUUUGUAAUGGGUGAAAUGAUUUUUUUAUUAAAUGGUUGAAGUAAA